CUGUCCUUCUCCCCGCGGUCGCGUCGUCCUUCCUCUCCUCCAAUUGAUCCUGCGCCCGGUUUCGUUUUUGAGUUGCGUGCGCCAUGGAUUUCUCCAACCUCAAAGACCAAGUCAGCAACCUGACCUUGUAUGAUCUCAAGGCGGGAGUCCGCAAGGUCCAGAAUGCUGUUAUGAACUACACGGAAAUGGAGGCCAAGGUCCGAGAAGCUACCAACAACGAACCCUGGGGUGCCUCGAAUACCCUGAUGCAUGAGAUCUCCACUGGAACCCAUAGUUAUCAAUUGCUUAACGAGAUCAUGCCGAUGAUCUACAAGCGGUUCACAGACAAGACGUCGGAGGAGUGGCGACAGAUUUACAAGGCGCUGCAACUGCUAGAGUUCCUUGUCAAGAACGGAUCCGAACGAGUCGUCGACGACGCCCGCUCCCACAUGUCCCUGAUCCGGAUGCUCCGCCAGUUCCACUUUAUCGACCAGAACGGAAAGGACCAGGGCAUCAACGUGCGUAACCGGGCCUCGGAGCUGGCCAAGUUGCUCGGGGACGUCGAACAGAUCCGCGCGGAACGAAAGAAGGCCAGGGCCAACCGCAACAAGUUUGGUGGGUUUGAGGGGGGCUCGAAUGUCAGCAGCGGCAUUUCCAGCUCCGGCUCCGGCAGAUAUGGAGGCUUUGGCAGUGAGAGUCUCUCCUUCGGUGGAUACAGCGGGGGUGUUUUUGGUGACGGCGGCGGGUUCGGAGGCAGUGCUGGAGGCAGCCCGAGUGAUUUCAAUGAUUCCGCGAGACGCUCGAGUCGCUUCGAGGAAUACGACGAGUACGAUGAGGCGGACGCCCCGUCUGCCCGGCGGCGCGGUCCCAGUCCUCCCCGCGCCACUCGGCAGACCAAGCAGCCCGCAGCUGCUCCCGCGGCGCCCAAAGCUCCCGAGCCGGACCUGUUCGACUUCGGCGAGGAGGAAACCGUCACGACUACCAGCGCGGCCAAGCAGCCCGCCACCAGCAGCGGCUUAGAUAUCCUCGACUCCAAGCCGCUUGACGACGACGACGACUUCGAUGACUUCCAGUCCGCGACCCCCGCGCCGGCGUCGAGCCAAUUUGGAAUCCCUCCCCCCGCCUCCACCGUCAGCACGACCUCCAGCACGCAGUUCGCCGCCCCCAAGCCCGUCUCCGCCGCGCAAGGCUCGAACCUGAACGGCAUUGUCGGCUUCACCUCGAUGACCCCGACCCCGACCUCCAGCACGAUGGCGUCCCCGACGCUCUCGCAGAGCUCCAUGGCGCAGUUCCAAAAGCCCGCGCAACCCAAGCCCAGCGGCUUCCAGGCCGCCACCCCCAACUACUUCACCUCCGUCUCCAUGGCCAACGCCGCCCAGCAGCCCUCCCUGGGCCACCGCCCCGGCAUGCCAUCCACGUCCUCCUUCACCUCCACCACCUCCCCCACCACACCGGCGGCCAGCAAGCCGGCCGCGGCCAAGGCGUCCGGCGACGUCUUCGGCUCGCUCUGGUCCAGCGCCAGCGCCAGCGCCGGAAUCCAAAAGAACUCGACGGGCGGCAACAAGGGCCCCAACCUCGCCAGCAUGGCCAAGGAAAAGGCCAGCGCUGGUAUCUGGGGCGCCCCCGCGGCAUCGAGCAGUCCCUCGUCCGCGUUCCACCAGGGCUCGUCGGGGAGUAAGACGGGCAGUUCGGGACUGGAUGAUCUGUUGGGUUAGGAUGACAGACGGGUUCCUUUUCGAUUCUUUUUGUCUGUCUGUGUCUCUCUGUGUUUUUUUUUGGGCCAUGUCAUACCGUAGUGCGAGAUUUUUCUUUUCUUUUCUCCCUUUUCUUUUCUUUUUUUCUUAUGUGUGCUUGAUUGAAUCGAUGAAGAUCUAAAAUAGCAGGCCUUUACUUACUUACGUCUUAGCUUACUUACUAACUUUUGUGUAUAUUCUAUUCAUCUGAUCUAC